GCGAAACGUAUUUUCUUUCUCUCUUUCCUCUCUUCCCCACCCGUUAGGGUUUUUUUUUCUUCUUCUCUUUCUAGGGUUUGUUGGGAUGAUUGCUGCGAUUGGAAUCCUGUAAUGCAUUCAGAAGCUUUUGGACGUCUGUAUCUCGUCUUUCUACUUGUUUUUGCACUCUGCGGAGGGUUUCUCGGUCUGAAACGGGUCGGAUUUCAAUUUCUGGAGUUUUCGAGAUUGUUUCCAUGCCUGCUGUCGUUAACUGCGGAGGUGAUAAGGAUUUUUGCGCUGCCAGCUCAUUCCACUCGGACUUCAUGGAUUCAUGCCUUGUCUUGUCUCUUGGUUCUCACAUCGAUGUAUACUGCCCUCCUCGCAAGAGAUCCCGCAUCACCGCACCAUUCAUUUUUAGAGAUGAAAGCAAAGAACCGGAGAAUCAGAGCUCCAUCGAUGUCCUUCCUGAUGAGUGCCUGUUUGAGAUUUUCAGGCGGCUACCUGGGUCCCAAGAGAGGAGCGCCUGUGCGUGUGUUUCCAAGCGCUGGCUUAUGCUUCAGAGCAGCAUCCGCAGAUCUGAAACCUUUACCAACAGCAGACCCAGUAAUCCCUCUUUGAAGAAUGUCUCUUCUCCAGUUUCUAAGGAUGAACAGAUUGUGUCCUCUGUUCAAGAUGAGGAGCAGGAAUGCGAGGCUGAUGGAUACCUCACUAGGUGCUUGGAAGGGAAGAAAGCGACGGAUAUUAGACUUGCUUCCAUUGCUGUGGGCACCUCUAGCCGGGGUGGGCUGGGAAAGCUUCUGAUCCGAGGAACCAAUUACACUCGUGGGGUCUCCAAUCAUGGUCUUUCAGCAAUUGCUCGUGGUUGUCCUUCGCUCAGGGUUCUUUCCCUGUGGAACGUCUCCUCGAUUAGUGAUGAAGGUCUUUCUGAGAUUGCAAAUGGGUGCCACAUGUUGGAGAAGCUUGACCUCUGCCAGUGUCCUUUGAUAUCCGAUCAGGGUUUGCUUGCUAUUGCACAGAACUGCCCGAGUUUGACUGAAUUAACAAUUGAAUCUUGCUUGAAGAUUGGGAACAAAAGCCUCCAAGCAAUUGCACGCAACUGUCUGAAUCUAAAGUCUAUAUCCAUCAAGGACUGCCCGCUGGUGGGUGACCAAGGAGUUGCAAAUCUGGCAUCAUCAGCCUCCUCUGUGUUGAGAAAGAUAAAGCUUGAGGCUGUGAACAUCACCGAUGUCUCUCUUGCAGUCAUAGGGCACUAUGGAAAGGCUGUUAUGGAUCUUGUUCUCACUGGCCUUCAGAAUGUAAGCGAGAGGGGUUUCUGGGUCCUGGGAAAUGCGUCCGGUUUGCAAAAUCUGAAAUCAUUUACAAUCGCGAACUGUCAGGGAUUAACAGAUCUAGGCCUUGAAGCCAUUGGGAAGGGUUGCCCGAACCUUAGGCAGCUUCACAUUCGUAGGUGCUCCUUGUUUUCCGAUGAAGGGUUGAAUGCUUUUACAAAAUCUGGGGCAUCUCUCGAAAGCCUGCAGCUGGAGGAAUGCAACAGGAUCACACAAACGGGUGUCCUCAGAGCUCUUUCAAACUGUGGCAAGAAUCUCAAGGCACUUGCCCUCAUAAAAUGCCUGGGAUUUAGAGAUACAUUUGUGGGCUCAACUCCACUCUCUCCUUGUGAGUCCCUGCGGUCGCUGACCAUUCGCAACUGCCCAGGUUUUGGUAGUGCUGGCAUAGCCAUGGUUGGGACAGUGUGCCCAAGGCUGCAGCACGUAGACUUUGGUGGGCUUUAUGGAGCAACAGAUGCUGGGCUUCUUGCACUUCUCGAGAGCUGCAAGGCAGGGCUUCUUAAGGUCAACCUCACUGGCUGCUUCAACAUAUCGGAUGCUGUGGUGUCUGCCAUGGCCAGGUUGCAUGGAGAGACACUCCAAUUGCUGAAUCUUGAUGGCUGCAGGAAGGUGACUGAUGAGAGCUUGUCUGCGAUUGCAGACAACUGCCUUCUCCUCACUGACCUUGAUAUGUCAAGGUGCACAGUCACUGACAAUGGGAUUGCUGCCCUUGCUCGUGCAAAGCAGCUCAACUUGCAGGUCCUCUCACUGUCAGGUUGCUCUCAUGUAUCCGACAUAGGCGUGGCUCUUUUGCAAAACAUGGGCCAAUCCCUGGUGGGAUUGAAUCUCCAGCAAUGCAAUCUAAUCACCAGCAGCGUAGUUGAGCUUCUUGAGGAGCAGCUCUGGAGGUGUGACGUCCUUUUCUAAUCAGGGAAGGAACAAAAACACCGUCAGGUGAUAAAGGCAGCUCAGCUAUUCGAUGAUGGGUUGCAGAUAAAACAGCAGUAGAAGUAUCAAUCCUCAUACAUUCAGCUUCUUUGGGUAGGAUAGCAUUUGGUUAGGCUUUUUAGGCCCAUCUCAUCAAUGGGCUUUUACAUCUUUUACUCUGCCAGGACUAGGUUGUUUUCCAGGAACUUUGGCCUCCUUUCUUUUUGCAGGUUCCCUUCUUUCAGUGGGAAUCUGUUUUGGUGUUUGGCUUCCAGUGAUGGGAGCUUUCCUUCUUGGCCAUUGUUCUUGAGAAUACAGCUACCAACUCCUGGUUUCCACCUCUCUUUUCCUUCUAUCUUUCAGAGGGUCAUUGUGCAGCCCCUUGGUGUUUUAGCCAAACCUCCAACUGGCCAUUCCAGUGUGCGACGGUUACGCUUUCGGCUGCUGAGUUUUAUGUCCAGUGUCUUUGUUCAGGUGUUUGAGCCUUGUUAUAAGUGAGGGAUGUUGUUGCAGUUGGGACAGUUUCUUUUGGAGCCUGAGAUUCUCAUGGGCUUUGGCAAUGGCGGUGGGUGCUCGUAUGUCUGCCAUGACAAUCUCCUGUGUUUUGGGGGUUUUUUUUCCUAACCAAGCCCGAGUCUUGCAGGCUGCUGCUUGUAACUGCUACGCAACUUCAUAUAAUACAUGUAUUUGAGUAUUGGCAUU